AUGGCAAGCGGCACACGAUUCGAGCUGCUGCGCCUUGUGACGAUGCUGUUUGUGAUCUGCGGUCAGUUAAACAGCCUUACCGAAGCGGCCACGGCUAUCGACUGCAAUUUUCCGCCACUGGAAGUGCACCCAAAAGACUGCUGCCAAUUGCCAUCGCUAAUCGACGAGGAUCUCCUACAGCACUGCAAAGCCCUCUACGGUGGGGAGCCAUUACAGCGCAAGCUCAUCUACGAGCGUGGAAAGUGUUUCAUAGAGUGUGCCCUCAACGCGACCGGUACGAUGGUGAACGGGCAGCUGGACCAAGGCCGAAUAAUGGGACUCAUCGAAAGCGGGACGCGCGAUGAUCCGGUCGUCAUGCAACUGCUCCAGGCUAACACCAUGGCGUGUCUGCAGCAGUGGGUGGCGCCACUAGCGACCCCGACCACGGUUGGCUGCGGCAGUCAAGGCGUCGACUUUGUCGGAUGCGUCAACAUCCAGAACUUUCUGAACUGUCCCCUGGCCCGUUGGACCAACAGCGACGAGUGUAACAGCCUGAAACAGUUCAUCAGCCUGUGCCCUCGGCCACUGUGA